AUGGCGACCCUGCGGCCGCAUUUCGUCACCCACAACGGCCCCCCAGACCUGUCCGACGAUGGCACCGACGAUGAGGGGACGCCGCUCACCCACGAUAUCUAUGGCGGAAGUACAAGGACUGUUCAGGAGACAAAAGGAUGGGAUGUGUUCCGAGUUCUUCCCCCCAAAACAGAUUCGGGUUCGAUGGAAAACCAAGCAUGUCUUGAAUUCACUGUGAGAAUUUUAAAAAUUAUAGCAUACCUGGUUACGUUCACUAUUGUCCUCACCAGUGGUGUAUUGGCUAAGUUGUCAGUUCUCUUCAUCACUUCCCAACUGCGACCUGAUAGGGUGGUCAGUUAUUGUAAUAAGGACUUGGGAAGAGAUAAGCAAUUCGUAGUGAACUUACCACCCGAAGAACGAGUGGCCUGGUCAUGGUGCUUACUGUUUGCUUUUGCAAUUCCUGAAGUUGGAACAUUCAUUAGGUCCCUGAGAAUAUGUAUCUUUAAAUCUUGGAAGCGACCUCCAUUCAUGGAUUUCAUCUGGAUCUUAGCGAUGGAAACUCUGCAUGUAGUAGGCCUUGGUUCUCUGUUCCUUAUCAUAUUACCAGAGCUGGAUGUUGUUAAGGGAGCCAUGCUUACCAACUGUGUCUGCUUUAUUCCAGCUUUGCUAAGUUUGCUGUCACGAAAUACUAAGGGUUGUACAACAGGCUCAGAAAAGACUGAAGUCUACAUGAAGGCAGUUGUGGAUGCAGUGGCAUUAACAGCCCAAGCCACAGGGUUUGUUGUUUGGCCUAUUCUUGAAGGUCGUGAGCGUCCAAAUCUUUGGUUGAUACCUGCUACAUUGUUCUGUAUAUCAUGUGGUUGGUGGGAAAAUUAUGUUUCAAAGCAUUCUGUAUUGGGUUUUAUGAGACCUCUCUGGAAAAUAAAAGAAAGACUAAAAAGGACUCGUUAUUUCACAUACAUUUUUAUGUCUGCCUGGAAAAUUUUUAGUUUUCUCAUCUUAAUUCUUGUAGCAAGAAUGUAUAGAGGGGAAAACAUAAAUCAUUUCUUUUCUCUUUUUCAUCGAGGUUUUUCAGCUCAUAAGAUCAGAAUUACUGAGAUAAGACCAACUUUUGGCAGCACAAGUCUUCCAGAUUUAGCAAAUGUGACACCAACAGGAGAAAUUGUUGACAUUGAUGCCGAAUAUGAUACAGCAAUUUAUAUACUUUUAAUCCAAAUUGUUGCAGCAUAUUUAUGCUACAUAUUUGGUAAAUUUGCUUGCAAAAUUGUUAUCCAAGGAUUCAGUUAUGCUUUCCCAGUAAAUUUAACCAUUCCAGUGACAAUAUCACUUUUGAUUGCUCUAUGUGGCCUCAGGCAUGAUGAUCCAUGUUUUUUUCAAGGCAUGAUACCUGAUUACCUCUUCUUCGAAUCACCACCAGUAUACUUCUUAAAUGAUUUUAUUUCCAAACAGCAUGCCUGGAUUUGGUUACUUUGGCUAUUAUCACAAACAUGGAUAACUCUUCACAUAUGGACACCAAAAUGUGAGAGGCUUGCGACUACUGAAAAAUUAUUCGUAUUGCCCAUGUACGAUUCACUUCUGAUUGAUCAAUCACUUGGAUUAAAUAGAAGGAGAGAAGAAGAGAAAGAUGUAAAAACGGAGGAAUUAGCCGAAAGAGAAAAGGAUCCUGACGAAUACUAUGAAACGAUAUCUGUUCAUACUGACGCUUCCUCUACAACUCCUAAAACCGUCAAAAAAUCUGAUAGCAUCACUAGGAUUUAUGCAUGUGCUACAAUGUGGCACGAGACAUUAGAUGAGAUGAUGGAAAUGUUAAAAUCUAUAUUGAGGAUGGAUGAAGAUCAAUGCGCACGAAGGGUAGCCCAGAAGUAUUUGAGGGUAGUUGAUCCAGAUUACUAUGAAUUUGAAACACAUAUAUUUUUUGACGAUGCUUUUGAAAUCAGUGAUGUAAACGAUGAUUGGUCACAAGUAAAUCGUUUUGUCAAACUUCUUAUUUCCACUAUUGAUGAAGCUGCAUCCCAUGUUCACGAAACCCAUAUCAGAAUCAGACCACCUGUCAAGUACCCAACACCUUAUGGUGGAAGACUUGUUUGGACUUUACCUGGUAAAACAAAAAUGAUUGCCCACCUAAAAGAUAAAGCAAAAAUAAGACAUAGGAAACGAUGGAGCCAGGUGAUGUACAUGUACUAUUUACUUGGACAUAGAUUAAUGGAACUUCCUAUAUCUGUGGAAAGAAAGGAAGUUAUGGCAGAAAAUACAUAUUUGUUGACUCUUGAUGGGGAUAUUGACUUCCAACCUCAUGCUGUAAGGCUUCUAGUCGAUCUAAUGAAAAAAAAUCGUAAUUUAGGAGCUGCUUGUGGUCGAAUCCAUCCUAUUGGUUCCGGGCCUAUGGUGUGGUAUCAGAUGUUUGAAUAUGCUAUUGGUCACUGGCUACAAAAAGCAACUGAACACAUGAUUGGCUGUGUACUCUGUAGCCCUGGGUGUUUUUCACUAUUCAGGGGAAAGGCUCUUAUGGAUGAUAAUGUCAUGCGAAAGUAUACUAUUAAAUCUGGAGAAGCUCGACACUAUGUUCAAUAUGAUCAAGGUGAGGAUCGUUGGCUUUGUACACUGCUUCUUCAGCGAGGAUAUAGAGUAGAAUAUUCAGCUGCCUCAGAUGCCUAUACUCAUUGUCCUGAAGGUUUUAAUGAAUUCUACAACCAGAGAAGAAGAUGGGUGCCUUCUACGAUGGCUAACAUUAUGGAUCUCUUAAUGGACUACAAGGCAACAAUACGUAUCAAUGAUAACAUUUCCCUUCCUUACAUUUGGUAUCAAUUCAUGUUGAUGGGUGGCACAAUACUUGGCCCAGGAACUAUAUUCCUUAUGUUGGUGGGUGCUUUCGUAGCAGCUUUUAAAAUUGACAACUGGACUAGCUUUUAUUACAACAUCAUACCAAUCAUGUUUUUUAUGUUAGUUUGUUUUACCUGCAAAGCUGACAUACAGUUACUCCUGGCACAAAUGUUAUCGACAGCUUAUGCGAUGAUCAUGAUGGCUGUGAUAGUAGGUACCGCAUUACAAUUGGGAGAGGACGGGGUAGGUUCACCGUCGGCUAUAUUUCUAAUGUCAAUGACGGGUUCAAUGUUUAUAGCAGCCUGCCUUCAUCCUCAAGAGUUCUGGUGUAUUGUUCCUGGCUCAAUUUAUCUCCUUUCCAUUCCUUGCAUGUACUUGCUCCUUAUUUUAUAUUCGAUUAUCAACUUGAAUGUAGUCUCAUGGGGAACAAGAGAAGUUCAAACCAAGAAAACGAAGAAGGAACUUGAGGAAGAAAGAAAAGACGCAGAAGAAGCAAAGCGAAAAGCUCGCCAAAAUACAUUACUUGGGUUCCUUCAGAAUGUACCAAUGCCUGGUGAUAAUGAAGAAGGAUCUAUUGAGUUCUCCCUUGCUGGACUAUUUCGGUGUAUGUUCUGUACCCAUCCAAAACCAAUAGAUGAAAAGCAACAACUUCUUAGAAUUGCUGAAACUCUUGAGAAAUUAGAAAAACGAUUGGAUGGCAUUGAAAAAGUUGUAGAUCCAAAUUGCCAAGUGAUAAGCAGGAAGAGGACAACAUCAGCUAGCUCUAAAGAACAUAAUUUGGUCGCUUUGACAGAAGAGCAGGGAGGUGACGAUGGAGAAUCUGAUGACAGUGACACUGCCUCAACAGGAGAGCCCAAAAUGGUCAGAAAUGAUGACAUAAAUCCAUAUUGGAUAGAAGAUAAAGAACUGAAGAAAGGACCAGUCGCCUUUCUUUCAGCAAAUGAAGUUCAGUUUUGGAAAGAUCUUUUGGAUAAAUAUCUAUUUCCUAUAGAUGAUGACAAAGUUGAAAGGGCGAGAAUAGCAGCUGAUCUGAAAGAGUUGAGAAAUAAGUCUGUCUUUGCAUUUUUCAUGAUGAACGCACUGUUUGUUCUGAUCGUAUUCCUCCUGCAGUUGAACAAGGACAACAUACACGUUGAAUGGCCAUUCGGCGUGAAGACAAACAUCACCUAUGUAGAAGAGACAGCGGAGGUAUUAAUUUCAAAGGAAUAUCUGCAGUUGGAACCAAUUGGUCUUGUAUUCGUAUUUUUCUUUGCUCUAAUCAUUGUAAUCCAGUUCACUGCAAUGUUGUUUCAUCGUUUUGGAACAAUAUCACACAUCCUGGCUUCUACAGAACUCAACUUAUGUUGUAACAAAAAGGUUGAGGAAAUGUCACAAGAUACAUUACUGGAUAAACAAGCUGUGGAUAUUGUGAGGCAUUUACAAAGGUUGAAAGGCAUCAAUGGAGACUAUGACAAUGACUCGGGUUCAUCAGGUGAUAGAGUGGGACGAAGAAGAACAAUCUACAAUCUUGAAAAGCAAAAACAGAAAACAAGGACUAUAGGAACAUUAGAUGUUGCGUUUAGAAAACGAUUCUUGCAAAUGAAAAUGGAAGAUGGCGAAGGGCAGGACGCAAGUACUCCAGUUCUUGGACGCAAAUUAACUAUGCGUCGUGAAGUACGAGAGGCACUUGAAGUACGAAGGAGAUCCCUUCAAGCUGAAAGAAGGAAAUCCCAAAUGCAGACACUUGGAGCAAUGAAUAAUGUAAUACCCAGAUCACAGAGAAUAUCAAAUGCUGGUGCCAUGAGCGUAAAAGACCUUUUCGCAAAUGGAACAUUAAAUGGCCCCAACGGAGCUACUAAUCCUGCUUAUGAACCCAGCGGGGAUGAUGACGCAGAUUCAUUGAGGCUGCAAAAUGUAGCAAGAAAUUGGGCUGAAUUAGAACGUAAUGGAAAUGCUCACCUUUGAUGACGACCAUCUUAUUAUCGAUCUCUGGAAAAUGAUUCUGUAGCCAUAGAGACAUUACCAUUCGAAAGUGUGUCUUAUGGAAUCUAAAAGUGUUAUAGCAAAGUUUGAGUAUAUUUGAGUGAGGCACCAAUAAAAUUGCCACUAAAUAUAAAUGAGAGGGAGGAGUAAGACUUGACUGUUGUCAACUAAUAAUUGACUUUAAAUUUCUGGUUCACUUUGUUCUUUUUUUUUACAAUUUAAGUUUUAAUGAAUGGUAUUUAAUAAAUUAUUUAACGAAAUUAGAAACACUGCCAUAGGAUUUUGUAAAUUUAUUUAUUUUUACUAUGAACCUCUGUUAAUCACUAACUUGUAAGAAAUUGACAAUUUGUAAUAUAAUUUAAACUUAUGAAAGUUGUAAAUCCUUAAAAAUAAGUAGUUGUGUAAUAUUUUAAACUUUGGUGACGAUAUAUGAUUAUUUCAUAGUAAAUCUUUAUCCUCAUUUAAAGGAUUGUUUUCUUUAAUUUUUCCUUUAUAAAACCGGUAAUAUCAAUCCUUAUUUUAUCUCACUUGUUCGGAUUAAUGAUUUCUAAUUUAAAUUUAAUGCUCUACUAUUGCUUAAUUUGAAAUUUAUUACUAUGUGCUAUUCAAUACUUGAUAGUGAUUACAAUUAAUUUUGUAAAUAUUUCUAUACCUUAAUGAAUGCAUCAUAAUAUGUCAUCCUUCUAUGCAAUCUAUUUGCUCAAUUUAAUUAGUAAUAAAAUAUAGGGCAGUUAUUCCAUUUCAAGUGUCACUGAAACUUUAUUCCUCAAUAAGAAUGUUUGUAUUGUAUUAGAAUAAAUAAAUUUGUGAUAUUUGUGUUUUUGUAUCAUAA